UACUUAGUUGCUCUCCGCACUUCGAGUCCGGCGGAUCAGAGAUUAGGAUUCGGGGAACGAUUAACUCGAUCGCGAAUACCAGUGACUGAAAUUGGCAUGCACGAAUCUAGCUGAUAAGUCCAUUGUUAUUUGGAUUCCUUUUAUUUGAUUUCGCUAGAUGUUAUUUAGUUGAUAAGUUAGUUGUUGAGCGGCAGAAAUUUCCCAAAAUUAACUAUUUAUUAAAAGCCUGACCAAAUUGGUUAAAUUGAAAAGCAUUAUACCGCUAAUAUAUCCGGAACGAUCUGAAGAGCUCAUCCAUCAUUGACAGAGUGUUACCCGCUGACUUGUUGUCGCCCAUUUGCUGUCCCACAUCAUCCUCACUCCAUUCACGGCGAUGUCAACUCAUCUGGAUAAAUUCAGCAGUGCUACCUCGUUGUUAACUGGCUUUGUUUUAUGUAUUGCCUUAUCAAAUGGAAUUGUUGCCACAUCCGAUAAGCCCAAUAUCAUCAUUAUUAUGGCAGAUGAUCUGGGUUUUGACGACGUUAGCUUUCGCGGUUCCAAUAAUUUCCUCACUCCCAACAUUGAUGCUUUGGCAUAUAGCGGAGUGAUCCUUAAUAAUCUCUAUGUAGCUCCAAUGUGCACACCCAGUAGAGCAGCUCUACUGACUGGAAAAUAUCCUAUAAAUACGGGAAUGCAGCAUUAUGUGAUUGUGAACGAUCAGCCUUGGGGUCUUCCACUCAAUGAGACUACCAUGGCGGAGAUUUUCCGGGAAAACGGAUAUCGAACAAGUCUCCUUGGAAAGUGGCAUUUGGGGUUGUCACAGCGUAAUUUUACGCCUACGGAAAGGGGCUUCGAUCGUCACUUGGGAUACCUUGGGGCCUAUGUGGACUACUACACCCAGAGUUAUGAACAACAGAAUAAGGGAUACAAUGGUCACGAUUUCCGAGACAGUCUUAAAUCCACCCACGAUCACGUGGGUCAUUAUGUCACCGAUUUGCUCACUGAUGCUGCCGUCAAGGAAAUUGAGGAUCAUGGAUCGAAAAAUAGUAGCCAGCCCCUGUUUCUGCUUUUGAAUCAUCUGGCUCCACAUGCUGCAAAUGAUGAUGAUCCCAUGCAGGCACCAGCAGAGGAGGUGUCCCGAUUUGAAUACAUUAGCAAUAAAACCCAUCGUUACUACGCCGCCAUGGUUUCCAGACUGGAUAAAAGUGUGGGAUCUGUAAUCGACGCCCUAGCCAGACAGGAAAUGCUCCAAAACAGCAUCAUACUCUUUCUAUCCGAUAAUGGUGGGCCAACACAGGGACAACACUCUACCACUGCCUCUAAUUACCCACUGAGGGGGCAAAAGAAUUCCCCCUGGGAGGGUGCUCUGCGAUCCUCAGCGGCCAUUUGGAGCACUGAGUUCGAGCGGCUGGGAAGUGUUUGGAAGCAGCAGAUCUAUAUUGGCGACCUUUUGCCCACGUUGGCGGCAGCAGCCGGAAUAUCCCCGGAUCCGGCGCUCCAUUUGGACGGAUUGAACCUGUGGUCUGCCCUCAAGUACGGAUACGAGUCGGUAGAACGGGAGAUUGUCCAUGUGAUUGAUGAGGACGUGGCGGAGCCGCAUUUGUCCUAUACGCGUGGAAAGUGGAAGGUGAUUAGCGGCACUACCAAUCAGGGUCUCUACGACGGCUGGCUUGGUCAUAGGGAAACCAGUGAAGUGGAUCCUCGCGCAGUGGAAUACGAAGAACUCGUUCGGAAUACCAGUGUCUGGCUGCAGUUGCAGCAGGUGUCAUUCGGAGAGCGCAACAUCAGCGAACUAAGAGAUCAGAGCAGGAUCGAAUGCCCAGAUCCUGCGACAGGAGUCAAGCCCUGCUUGCCUCUCGAGGGACCCUGUCUCUUCGAUAUUGAGGCUGAUCCCUGCGAGCGGAGCAACCUAUAUGCGGAGUAUCAAAACUCGACAAUCUUUCUGGAUCUUUGGUCGCGAAUCCAGCAAUUUGCCAAACAGGCACAUCCUCCCAAUAACAAGCCGGGGGAUCCCAAUUGCGAUCCACGAUUUUACCAUAAUGAGUGGACUUGGUGGCAGGACGAGAAGGCUUCCAGUUCAGGGACUAUCGGGGUAAUGAAAGUCUUUACCCUGUUAGUGGUAUUCAUCUUCACGAGCAGUUGUAUUAAUUAAAUGAAAAUUCUUAUGUAGGUUAAAUAUUUAAUGAUCUUGUUAGCAAAGUUGGCAUGUAUUCAAAAAAUUAAUAAAAACUUCGUCUAAGGAAAAUAGACAAUUUUAUAUUUUAUUAUUUAACCAAUUGGCUUGUGGCCGUAACUCAUAGUAAACCGAUAGCUUUUCUGCAACAAAUGCGAUAAUUUAUGACUUCAAUUCUACCUAUCAAUAACCAUUUCUGAGUACUGUCCAAUUUGAUCCGGUGUCAAAAGGCCAAUCUCCCUUUUUAUCUAAUCGAUUACUUCUGCGAAAACUGAUAGUUGCAAAACCCCCUUCAAAUUAAAUUAAAGCACAGCCAAAUAGCUUUCUGCCAAUCAAAGUGGCUUACAUAGUAUUUAACCAAAAUAGUUUACGACACUGAAAUCAAGGCAAGAUCUUUGGUUACAGAUUAAAUACCAUAAUCAAUCAACUGUUCUAUCUAUCAAAAAAGACAUUAUGGACUUACUUUGUUCGUCAAAAUGAACUAAGAGUAAAAAAAACGUACGAAAGUUAAAACCUUUAAAAUGUAUAUACAUUUUCUUGUCCAUAGCAGCAUGUAGAACAGAAAAUUACGAUGAGUUCAUAAUAAAAUAUGAAUUUAAAAGAAAUUUCGAGUUAAGAAAUAGUUGUCCUUCCAAAAAGGCAUUUUUAAAAAAUUACCAAUCUCAAUUUUCGCUUUAGGCAUAAAGUUUUAUUUUAAUGGCAGUUUUAUUUUUAUUUUAUUUUAAUUUUUCUAUAAAUGUCAUGGAAUAUAAAUAUGAUAUAAAAAUUGUUGGGGACGAAUUAAUAAUUUUGAUGUGAAAGGAGACGUCUUUCUUUGCCAGAAAUAUGAAUGUAUUAAGAAAUUUGUGAAAAACAUCAUCUGCCUGAGAAUCAUAUUUUAUAAAACUAGUCUGUUUAUAAAAAUUAAGUGUUUCAAAGUCAAUCCAUUUACUGAACUAUAUAUGUUAAUAAGAUUUGAUGCAUAUCAAAAAAUUGAAUAAGUGCGAUUCCGUGAAUUACAAAAUAAAUAUAAUUACUUG